AACCCACACACCAAAACACUAACACCAUUCCUAUUCCUUUCUCCUUCUCUUAAAACUCAUUCUCAGUCGCCGUCACUCCAUUCCCAACGCCGUUACAAUGCAAACCAUUAACCGUUUCAUCUCCGUCACAAGGCGACUCACCACCGAACUCCGCUACGAAAACCGCCUCCAUUUCACACCUUCCAGAACACUGUCAACCACAAAUUCCGGCGAACAAGUUGGAUCCUUCGAAGACACGAAUUGGGAAACGCCCUCCACAUGGUCAACAGGUCUAACAAAGGACCACUUCAACGGCGAAGCCAAUCCACAAACGACUCUUUCAGAUCUCCAAGAGAUGGAGGAAAAGCUACAGGAAUUGGAAGAGGAGAAUCGGAAUAGCAAAUCUUAUGUGGAUAGUUGGAAAAAGAGAUUGGCGGAUACUUGUGUGUUGUUGAAACAGGUUCGUGAGCCUGGUGCUAGAGGUUCCUAUUUGAAGGACAGUGAGAAAGCUGAGAUGUAUCGAUUGCAUAAGAAAAAUCCUGAGGUUUAUACUGUUGAGAAGCUUGCUAAGGAUUAUAGGAUCAUGAGACAGAGGGUUCAUGCUAUUCUUUGGCUUAAGGAACUUGAAGAAGAGGAAGAGAAGAAGCUAGGUCACCGUCUUGAUGAUUCCGUUGAGCUCUUGCUUGACACAUUUCCUGAAUUUUUUAUUUCCCAUGAUAGGGAGUUCCAUGUUGCUUCUCUUCCUUACAAACCCGACUUCAAGGUGAUGCCUGAGGGGUGGGAUGGCAUUACCAAAGAUUUGGACGAAGUUCAUUAUGAGAUCUCCAAAAAGGAAGAUGAUAUGCUUUAUCGAGAUUUUGUUGAGAAGAUGAACUUCAACAAGAAGAAAGUGGCUGGAGAGGUGAAAUGCCACAGGUAUAGUCGGCGACGCCCUUCAGAUGGAUGGACUUUUACUGUAGAGAAAAUGGGACCACGGGGGAAGCGUGGAGAUGGUGGGGGCUGGAAAUUUGCUAGCAUGCCUGAUGGAUCAACCCGACCGCUGAAUGAGAUGGAGAAAAUGUAUGUGAAAAGAGAGACUCCACGCCGACGACGCAGGAUCCUUCCUUGAUUACAUUUUUUUUGGCUUUGACUAGCUGUUAACAUUAGAAUUUUUAGUCCAAUGCAUCAAUUGGUUUCAGAUAUGCAAAUGUAUUAUUAUUUUCCUUUUUUGGGGGGAUGAGUUAUCAAGGGUGAUCUUUUAAUUAAUCCUCAUUAUAUUGCUCAAGUUAUGCACAAUGAUGUCAAUAAUUAAGAUCUUCUUUGUUGUUAAGAUAAAGGUAAAGACCACUAAUUUUAAUGCAUGAAAUUUUGUGCUUAAA